ACUGUGGCUCUAGAUGGGACAUUAUUCCAGAAGUCUGGAGUGAUCUCCGGAGGUGCCAGUGAUCUGAAGGCCAAAGCUCGGCGCUGGGAUGAGAAAGCCGUUGAUAAACUGAAAGACAGAAAGGAAAAGCUCACAGACGAGCUCAAAGAGCAAAUGAAGGCAAAGAGAAAGGAGGCAGAGCUGCGUCAGGUGCAGUCUCAAGCGCAUGGUUUGCAGAUGAGACUCAAAUACUCUCAGAGUGAUCUGGAGCAAACCAAGACCAGACACCUGUCCCUUAACAUGCAGGAAAAGUCAAAGUUGGAGAGUGAACUUGCUAACUUUGCUCCACGCAUUAAUGACAUUAAGAGAAUCAUCCAGUCACGAGAGAGAGAGAUGAAAGACCUGAAAGACCGCAUGAACUUGGUGGAGGAUGAGGUGUUUGUAGAGUUCUGUAAAGAGAUAGGAGUUCGUAACAUUCGUGAAUUUGAAGAAGAGAAAGUAAAGAGACAGAAUGAGAUUGCAAAGAAACGCCUGGAGUUUGAGACACAGAAGACACGUCUGGCUAUCCAGCUGGACUAUGAGAAGAACCAGCUGAAGGAAGACAAGGAGAAGGUGAUCAUGUGGGAACAGACGGUCAAGAAAGAUGAGAAUGAGAUAGAGAGACUCAAGAAGGAAGAGCAAAGGAACAUGAAGAUCAUUGAUGAAACCAUGGCACAGCUGCAGGAUCUGAAAAACCAGCACCUGGCCAAGAAAUCUGAGGUUAAUGAUAAAAAUCAUGAAAUGGAGGAGAGAGACAAGAAACUGGGGGGUGCCAACAAGGAGUUGACGCAGCUGCAGAAGGAGGUGACGGCCAUUGAGACCAAGCUGGAGCAAAAACGCAGUGACAGACACAAUCUUCUGCAGGCUUGUAAGAUGCAGGACAUCAGACUUCCCCUCCGAUCCGGAACUAUGGAUGACAUCAGCCAGGAAGAGGGCAGUUCUCAGGCUGAGGAGAGCCUCAGCAGCAGUCAGAAGACAUCUAGCACUGUCCUAGCCAAGGAAGCUCUUAUCGAGAUUGACUACAGCAGCUUGUCAGAGGACCUAAAAGACUCACUGUCAGAGGAGGAGAUCAAGGCGGAGAUGAACACAUUGCAUCAGAGACUCAAUGAGCAGCAGAGCAUCCUGCAGAGGAUCAGUGCUCCCAACAUGAAAGCCAUGGAGAAACUAGAGAGUGUUAGAGACAAAUUCCAGGAGACCAGUGACGAGUUUGAAGCUGCCAGGAAGAGGGCGAAGAAAGCCAAGCAGGCAUUUGAACAGAUAAAGAAGGAGAGAUUUGACCGUUUCAACGCCUGCUUUGAGUCUGUGGCCACCAACAUUGAUGAGAUAUAUAAAGCUCUGUCCCGUAACAGCAGUGCACAGGCAUUUCUAGGGCCUGAGAACCCAGAGGAGCCAUAUCUGGAUGGUAUCAACUAUAAUUGUGUAGCCCCAGGCAAACGUUUCAGGCCCAUGGACAACCUGUCUGGAGGAGAAAAGACUGUGGCGGCUCUAGCCUUACUGUUUGCCAUUCACAGCUAUAAGCCUGCUCCCUUCUUUGUGCUGGAUGAGAUUGACGCAGCCCUGGACAAUACCAACAUUGGCAAGGUUGCAAACUACAUCAAGGAUCAGUCAGUGCAGAACUUCCAGGCUAUAGUGAUCUCCCUCAAAGAGGAGUUUUACACAAAAGCAGACUCCCUGAUCGGAGUCUAUCCAGAGCAAGGAGACUGCGUCAUCAGUAAAGUCCUGACCUUUGACCUCUCCCAGUAUCCUGAUGCCAACCCCAAUCCCAAUGAAUGAGACAUUACUCACAUACCUAGAAACAUUUGUUGUCUGUUUUGUUUUGUAGUUUUCAAAGAUCAGCUUGGCUUUUUAUGUUCUCAGUAUUUACACAUCACAGUCUCUUGCUAGAUUUGAAUAUAGUUCAUUAUGAUUUGUGUUUUUUUUUUGCUUGGGUCAAAAUGUGUUUUUUUUUUUUUGUUUAGUGCUUUUUGGCAAUCAUGUAAUUUUGAUGAAUCCAUUGAAACUAGAUUAGUCUGACUUUUCUAACGUUUUUAACUCUGCAUAAUUGGCUUUAAAGCUUUAUAAUGUAAAACUUCACAAUAGAGGUUAUGUAAUGACUAAGACCUGCAGUUUAAGUGAUUUUGUUGAUUGGUAAAAGUUUUAUCACCCCUUUUGUAUUGACUGUAUUUGUCCUGUAUUUGUCCUUUUUAGUAUGUUAAGUUUUAAGUAAUUUUCUCUUGGAAAAUAAACUUUGCUUCCCAGUAA